AUGAGUAGUAAAUGCUUCUACUGCGAGCGAGUGUUUGUCAAUGGUGAUCGAAAAUCCAAGUAUAACAAUUUAGAAUAUCAUCAAGAAUGCUUUCGUUGUUCAACAUGUAAUCAACCAAUAAAACAAUCGUUCUAUAAUUUGGGUAACGACGAAUACCGCUGUUCCGACUGUCAAAAAAAGUUAGACGUUGUUAUAAAAUGUGCUCGAUGUUCACAAGAAAUUGAGGAUGGAUCAUAUAUUGAAUAUAAAGGUGAACCAGUCCAUGCGAAUUGUUUUGCAUGUUAUUCUUGCGAACAAUUAUUGGGCAAAAUGCUUUAUGUGGAACAUGAUGAUCAGCCGUAUUGUGUUCCCUGCCAUAUGGAACAGUUUGCUCAAGCUUGUGCAGUGUGUCAACGUUCGUUUCCACCGGGCACAUCAACGCGAAAAUUUGGUGAUCAGUAUUUUCAUAUUGAAUGUUUUCGAUGUUUUCAUUGUGGCAAAAUUAUCUUAACGAAAAAUUACGUCAUCAACGACGACCAACAACGUGUUUGUGACAUGUGCAGUUCAAUAUCAUAA